CUCGGGAUGGCUUCUUCCCUCAAGAGAAAACGCGUCCAGGACAAUCCUCACGCCAAAUCAAAGCGGCGACAUACCACUCCAGAUAGCGAAGACUCUGGACUGAGCCAGGCUUCCGCGCAUGCUGACUUCGAGGAACAUGAAUCCGAGCAAGACGGCGCCGACGAGGACGUAGGCAGCGAUGCAUCCAGCGAGGGUCAUGUCGAGCUACUUGAACCGGCAGGCGAUACACAGGAGAGUGAUGCCGCCAUACAUGUCAAGGCACCGCCGAAGGGCGAGGAGUUGAGAGACAUCAAGGAUGCAACUGACUUGUUCAGGUCUACGUCCUUCAAGUUACAGAUCGACGCGCUGCUCCCGAAUGUCCGGGCCAAGUAUCAUCGCUCUGCCCCACUUGACAAAUUCCUGCUCUCCCUCCACACCUUCCUCAACGGCCUCCCAUCUAUCCCACCAAAGCACCCGCUAGCUGCUUCUCGUGAUCUGCAGAAGAAGGGCGUAGCAGUACCCUAUGUGCUCCCCCAGCCGACCGAAGACACCAACUGGAAGGUCGCCUUUGAGAAGCCGGCAGAGAUUCUCUUAGUCGGCAGUUGGGCACUCAAGACAAGCGUGAAGGCCAAGGAUGGGCGUCGCUACGUCGUUGAUUUGGCGGUUACUAUGCCCGAGUCGCUCUUCCAAGAGAAGGACUACCUUCACAGCCGUUUCUUCCAGAAACGUGCCUUUUACCUUGCUGUUAUCGCCGCGGCAGUUUCUGGCAAGAAGAGCGGGCUGAACAUCGAAGUACUCUACGAGUCGACGAACGGCGAUCCUCGCCUGACCACCCUAGUGCUUCGUCCGAAAGCAGACGGUUCCGCCUCCGACUUCUCCUCACUCAAUACCGAAGUGCGCAUUCUCCCUGUCCUCCCGUCUUCCUCUCCCAUCCCGGUGCAAAGAUUAGGCCCCUCCCGGCCGAACGUCCGCGCGUCCGCGUCUUCAGACGACUCCGCGAGCGACACACCCAGUCCGAUCUACAACUCGCGCAUCAUCCAGCACCUCACGCCCAAGCCCCACCUUGUCUCAACCCAUGCUCUCAAAGAGAGCGUCCCUGCCUUCAGCGACGCGCUCGCGCUUCUGAGAGUCUGGGCUCACCAGCGUGGGUACGGCGUGGGCGACAGGCUCUGCGUGAGGGGGUUCGAGGGUCGGGGGGCGUGGUGGGUGGGGCUGCUAGAAUGCCUGGUAAUGGGCGAGGAGGUUGCGGAAAACGGCGGUCAGUUUGGCGGGUUUGGGAAGAAGGAGAAGAGAAGGCCUCUUGGGAAGGGUCUGAGCUCGUAUCAGCUGUUCAAGGCUGCGUUGGACCUCCUCGCAAGGUAUGACUUCGCCAAGAAUCGUACCGUCAUCAAAUCCAAGGAUGGCCAUCGAUUCCCUCCAGAAGACUACGCCUCCCAUGAGGCUGCCCUAGUCGACUCGUCAUCUAUGCUCAACCUACUUGCUGGUGUUCCGCUGACUUCGCUCGAAAUGCUUCGUUACGACGCGCAGCAGACAUUAGACGUCCUCGACAACUCAGGGCUCUCGGAGGACCCGUUUCCUCUCGUGUUCCUGAAGGAACAGCGGGACGUGGCCAAUCGGUUUGACGUUGUAUUACGCAUCGACCUCUCCUCCGCAGAAGCUGGUAAUCUCCCGCCCCACGCUAUCCUCGAACACGGGUCCGCCUACAAUGCCCUCAUUGCCCACCUCCUAUCUACUGCCAAGCGCGCGCUGUCGAACCGCACGAGAGCCAUUGCUGUCCUGCACCCUUCGUCGUCGUCGCGCCCACUCUCUCAAGCCCAGCCAUCCAAUCCCUCAACAGUUCUCCUUGGCCUCGUUCUCGAUACGGAGCACGCAUUCCGGCUCGUGGACCACGGGCCGCCUGCAUCAGAGCAAGAGACGGAGGAGGCGAAGCAGUUCCGCGACUUUUGGGGCGAGAAGGCGGAGUUGAGGCGCUUCAAGGACGGGAGCAUCGUCGAGAGCGUGGUGUGGACGGUCGGGAGCUCGGACGAACGCGCGCACAUACCCGCGAUGAUCGUGAGGUACAUCCUCGGACUGCACCUUGGGCUCUCGGAGGAGAGCAUCCAUGGGUGGCAGAAUGGCUUUGAUGGGAUCGUCCGGCUGCCUGAGAACGUUGGGAAGGUGCUCAGGGACGGUCGGGUGGAGACGGGGUUCAAGGCCGCAAUGUCCGCGUUCGACAGCCUCGUCAAGGCGAUGAAGGCUCUGGACGAGCAGCUCCCGCUCGCGAUCACCACCGUCAGCCCGAUCUCAGACUCGCUCCGGUACACCAGCUCCCUCGCACCCGUAGCCAUCCCCACCUCCGUCGCGUCCGCUCUGCCCGCUUGCGCACGGUACGUCGCCCCGAUGGAGAUCAUCGUCGAGUUCGAGAAGUCCGGUCGCUGGCCAGAUGACCUGCGCGCGACCCAGAAGAUCAAGCUCGCGUUCUUCGAGGCCCUCGCGACUGCGCUCAUGGGCUCGCAGAAGGGCCUGCGCGCGAGCGUGAUCGUCUCCUCGCCGCACGCUGCGUCCGACAUCGAGGACCAAGCCUGCCUCGAGAUCGUGACAGCCGCGGGGUGGGCGUUCCACGCGCGUAUCUGGCACGACCGCGAGCAGCUCCUGCUGGAACGCGCGAUCGACGACAAGCCGCACAUCCCGAAGCACGUCAAGAAGAAUAUGCACAUGGAGGGCGAUCCGAAGGAGCGCGCUGCUGCGACAGCCGCACUCGAGGUAUACCGACGUAGGUUCGUACAUGCGCCGAGGCACCAUCGCGCGGUCGCUGCGCUGUCUCAUCGGUUCUCCGCGUUCGCGGGGACGGCGCGCCUCGUGAAGCGGUGGCUCGCGGCGCACUGGCUGCUAGAAGGUCAUGUCCGCGCGGAAGCGGCGGAGCUCCUUUGUGCAGCUGUCUUCCUCCGGGGCGCGAAGAGCGGCGGGGACGCGCGGGCGGGCGUGCCAGGGUCGAAGGAGCGGGGAUUUGCGCGGGUUAUGGAGCUGCUGAAGGACUGGGAGUGGAGCGCAGGGAUGUUCGUGUCGCUAUACGGCGACGACUCUGAUGCGGUGAAGGACGUGCCACCCGUGGGCGUGGACGUUAAGGCGGGAGCGCGGCAGGGUGUGUGGGCAAUUGCGACGGAGGUGGAUAGGGAAGGGCAUGUGUGGACAGCGGAGGGCCCAGAUGCCGUCGUGGCGCGCAGGGUGAAGGCGCUCGCGCAGGCGACGUGGGAAGCGUUGAAGGGGAUGGAGGGAGGCAAUUUCGAGGUGAAGACGCUCUUCGCGCACCCGACAGAACACUACGACUUCAUCGUCGAGCUCGAUCCCGCCGUGCUCCCGCGGUACGCCCAGGGCGUGCAAGCUGACCCUGCCAUCUGGGCGAAGAAGGGCAAGUACGCGAACGCGCGCGGAGACGACGGCGAGGCGAAGCUCCUCCCGGGGUUCGACCCCGCGCGGGCGUUUCACGAGGACCUCAAGCGGGUGUACGAGCACACGUUCGUGCUGUUCCAUGACCCUCUAGGCGGACACAUGUUCGGUGGCGUGUGGGAUCCGUCGUUGAAGGUGCCCCGGCCGUUCCGCGUCCUCGGCGGGUACUCGAGCAUGCCCGUAGCGAAGGACACGGACAAGCCGAAGGAAAAGGAAAAGGACAAAUCCUUGGUUGUGCUCAACGAGAGCGCGGUGCUGAGCGAGAUUGAGCGGAUGGGCCGGGGCCUGGUCAAGCGGAUCGUUGUGCAGGUAUAGCCUCGCUCAUAUUCGUGAUGUCGAAAAGUACAGUAUGGCAUUAUUAUCGCAGCAUGCAUCUAGCGAGCUGCCGGCACAUCUCGAACUGUUAUGUCGGGAUGCUCUUGAGAUGCGCAAAGGUCAAGCGACGUCAUCAUGGUUCAUCGCAGGGCGCGUGGUAGACAGGAUAUUAACUCGAC